AUGCUGGCCGAGCAGCAUGAUUCCGCGUGUCACGAUUCCGAGAGUCGAGCCAAUGAGAGCAGUGCUGCGGACAAGGAGCCGCCGUCACAUUGGCGAGAGCUGUCGCAAUGCAAGGAGGGGCUGUCGCAUGGCAGUCGCAGGGACGGCGAACACCGCAGCGGCGGUGCUGCUUCCCAUAAACGGCGAGUCAUUUGGAUGCAGCGAGAGGAGCCGAGCGAGACGAACAGCAACAAGGCCAAUCGGGAGAAGAUCCGCCGCGACCGACUCAACGAGAGGUUCGAGGAGUUGGCGCGGGCGCUGGAGCGGAGCGAGCUGGCGCGCGCGGACAGGGGGAGCAUUCUGGUGGACGCGGUGCGCGUGCUGGCGCAGCUGAGGGCGGAGACGAGCCGGCUGAGGGGCUCCGCGGAGCACAUGAGCGAGCAGAUCCGAGAGCUCAAGGCGGAGAAGAGCGAACUGAGGGAGGAGAGGGCGCGCCUGCUGGCCAACAAGCAGCAACUGGAAGACGAGGUCCGCCGCUUGGCCGCAUCUGGUGCUGCCCAAUCCACUGCCGCCACGUCAGCAGCAGCAUCAGUGGUUUCCGCCGCCCGGCCAACAGCUGCCACUCCUCCUCCUGGGUUUGCUCCGUGUGCUCCGGGUUCUCCUGGUGCUGUGCCCGUGAUGCUGCAUCCGGUGUGUGAGCCGGGCAAGCUGGGCCCUGUGGGAGCACCCAUGGGUUUGAUGCCCUUUCCGUUCAUGCCUGGGGGGAUGCUUCAUCCUCUCUCCCAUCCCCACUCGCACCUUCACCGUCCCCAGCCUCGCACUGUGCAAGGCAAGAACCCUCCUGCAGGCAAGCAUCUGGCUGCUGCUGGUGGUGGUGGUGCUGGUGGUGGUGGUUCAGCUGGUGGUGCUGCUGCGGCUGCAUCUGCUCCACAGUACCUGCAUGUGCCUGCCAUGCCAUAUGCCAUGCCAGGAAUGGCGCCCAUGGGCACGUGGCAGUGGUUACCACAACCAGCUGUUGAGCCCUUUGAUCAAAAGCUCAGGACGUUGGUCGUCUGA